AUGACUCAAAGGAGGGAAGGUAGUGAUGGGCCGAUGUUUGUGAAGGAUUUGUGGGAAAAUCAGAGGUGGAAUUUACCUACCCUGAGGGAAUUAUUUUCCCAGCGAGAAAUUGAUGCAAUUUGCAGCAUUCCAGUUCCUAUUUUGAACGAAGAGGAUUCCUGGUCAUGGCACCAUACGAAAGAUGGGUUGUAUAGUGUCAAAAGUGCCUACAACUUUUUGAUUGAAGAAGAGACUCGGAAGAAGGCUACCUCAUCAGAAUGUAAUGUAGACUUUAACUGGAAGCAUAUUUGGCAUGCCUGUAUCCCACCAAAAAUAAAACUGUUUGCGUGGAGAUGUGUGAGGGAGGGUUUAACCGUGAUGAGCCGGUUGCUGGCCAGGGGUUUGAGUGUUGAUCAACGGUGCCCUAUGUGUGGGGAGGAUGAAGAAAAUACAGCCUAUCCGAUUCUUUUCUGCCCGGCUGUUUCCUCUAUAUGGAGGUACUCGGUAUUACGGCUUGACACAAAGGCUUUUGCUGCUAAUGAGUUUCGAGAAUGGUGCAAUCGGGUGUAUGGGAAGAUAAAGGAAAAGAAGUGGUGGGACAUUUUCUGGUGCCUGGCGUGGGGAAUAUGGCUGAAGCGCAAUUCAUGGGUGUUUGAUAGAGCUGCGAAAUCAGAAGAAGACACCAUUCACAAAGCAAUGUGCUUAGUGGGAGAAUUCGAAGCUGUCAAUGCUUCUGGUGAAGGAGAGAUUCACGAGCAGAAGGACAGAUCAAAAUGGAAGGUCCCCUCUGCUGGCUUGUAUAAAUUGAACUCUGAUGUAGCCUUUCAAGAAUCGAGGAUGGGAAUUGGAGGGAUCUUGAGGGAUGAGGAGGGAGACGUUGUGGUGACUUACUGUUCGACAAUGUAUGGGAACUUUGAUGUGGCAGUAGGCGAAGCUGUUGCUAUGCGUUCUAGCCUUAUAACAGCUAUGGAAGCGGGAUUUAGGAAUUUGAUUCUGGAAACCGAUAUAUCAGCUUGUUCCAUCAUUUGA